AUGCCGAAAGCGACGUGGCAGGAGCUCUGCGCAAGCAAGCGGGCCGAGCGAGACGCAUCAAUUCCGAAAGAAUGGCUGCUCAAGGAGCUUCCAUCCGAACGGGUGGCCAACGUGAUGAACUGGCCGUAUUCCUGUGGCGCAAUGAGCGCUGAGGAACUGGCCAUCACGGAGCUCGAUGCCACGGAAUUGCUGAGCCGCAUGGCAGCCGGGCACCUCAAGAGCUAUGAUGUGGUGCUGGCCUUCUGCCGGCGUGCCGCAAUCGCACAACAACUGCUGAACUGCCUUACCAUGAUGUUCGUCGAAGAAGCUUUGGAGAGGGCUAAGGAGCUCGACGAGUAUCGGGAGAAGACAGGAAAAGUCGUCGGGCCGUACCAUGGUCUCCCCUUUUCCAUCAAGGAUCAGUUUGCGAUCAAGGCCAAGGAGUCCAACACUGGGAUCGUCUCCCUCAUUGGACAAGUCCCGACAGAAGACGCUGUCGUGGUCCGGUUGCUCCGUGAGGCUGGUGCCGUGUUCUAUUGCAAGACGACCCAACCGCAGAGUAAACUUUCCCAAGUCUAUGGGCGCACCCUGAACCCCUUCAACCGCAACCUCACAUGUGGAGGCUCCAGUGGUGGAGAGGGUGCUCUGGUUGCCUUUCGGGGGUCCCCUAUCGGGUUGGCAGCUGACAUUGGAGGCAGCAUUCGCUCACCGGCUGCCAACAACGGCCUUUACGGGGCGAAGAUCACGGCAGGGCGCGUUCCUCUGGCUGGGAUUGUUACCUCGUUGGUAGGCUAUGACUCGAUCCCGGUGGCUGUGGGCCCAGUGUGUCGGUCUGCCAGGGACAACGCGUAUUUCUUCAAGACAAUCCUGGCAACCGAGCCUUGGAGAGUCUGCCAUGAUCUGGUGCCGCUGUCCUGGAGGUCAGUUGCAUUGCCAAAGAAGCUGACUGUUGCCUUGCUCUGGGACGACGAGAUUGUCAAGCCACACCCUCCAGUAACGGCGGCGCUCAAGAACAUCAAAGCCAAGCUGCAGAGCUUGCCCGACCACUUCGAGAUUGUUGAUUGGCAGCCGUUCCAGCAUGCGGAGGGAUAUGAAGUGGUCCGAAGCUUGUACUUUCCGGACGGCGGCAAGGUCUACAAGGACUUGCUGGAUGUAUCAGGGGAGCCUGCACUGCCUUUGACCGAAUGGGUUCUCAAGGAGAGCCAUGUCAAAGAACAGACCAUUGCUGACCUUUCGCGGCUGAACGGCCGUCGUGACGCAUAUCGUGCUGCGUAUCUGUCUUACUGGGCUGCACGCCCUUCCGUCGACUUCAUUGUUGCACCGGUAGGGCCGGGGGUUGCGCCCGCCCACGAAACCGCAAGAUACUGGGGUUAUACUGCCGUCUGGAACAUUCUCGAUUGGCCAGCCUAUGCGUUUCCCACCGGAGAAAGCGUCUCUCCAGAGCUCCAUCCCAAGGACUUGACUUACCAGCCUCGCAACAAUGAAUUCGAUGCAUAUAACUGGGCAAACUAUGACCCGGUAGUGUCGGCAGGGGCUCCGAUCUCGCUCCAACUGGUUGGUCGCAAGUGGGAUGACGAACGCGUUGUGGAAGCUGUGGCAAGGAUUGCUGCAGUCAUUGAAGCGCCGGCGAAGGUGACUCGGAGUGGUAGUGAAGCAGCGCAACCUACAUAG